ACGUCCACUACACUUUGUAAGCACGGUGACACCAUUGCAAUUAAUUUCUUUAUGUUAUAUUCGUAUGGAAUCUUCUUCCGCACCUCUUCGAUGUCCAGCUCUCUGAGAGCACUCGCCAACAACUUGGUAUAAGGGAACUGUGGGACGGCAUUUCAAAUAUCUUACGUACAGCUGCACCCGGAGUAUACUAUGGUAGAAUCCCCAAAGGUGGUCUAGUGAUCAAUGACCAGAGAAUACUAAAACUAUGGAGGAAACACUUCUCCAACCUGCUGCUGCCGUUAGUUCAGAUUUCUCCAGACUGGACAAGGAAGCGAAGCAAAUGGGUCUGGAAGUGAAGGAGGGCAAGACGAAAUAACUCCUGUCAUCAAACAAACAGUCGCACUCGCGACUUGGCUCUCUCGUCGCUAUUGACAGUCAUAACAUUGAAGUCGUAGAUAAUUUCGUCUAUCUUGGAACCAGUGUAAACAUCACCAACAAUGUCAGUCUGGAAAUCCAACGCAGAAUAACUCUUGCCAACAAGUGCUACUUGGGAGUGAGUAGACAUUUGAGAAGUAAAGUCCUCUCUCGACGAACAAAAACCAAACUCUAUAAGUCACUCAUAAUUCCCGUCCUGCUAUAUGGUGCAGAGGCUUGGACGAUGACAACAACUGAUGAGACGACGUUGCGAGUUUUCGAGAGAAAAGUUCUGCGAAGGAUUUGUGGUCCUUUGCGCGUUGGCCACGGCGAAUAUCGCAUUCGAUGGAACCAUGAGCUGUAUUAGAUAUAUGACGACACUGUCACGGCUACGCUGUCUAGGUCAUGUUGUCCGAAUGGACGAAAACACUUCAGGUCUAAAAGUAUUCGAUGCAGUACCUGCCGGGGGAAGCAGAGGAAGAGGAAGACCUCCACUCCGUUGGAAGGACCAGGUGGAGAAUGACCUGGCUUCGCGUAGAAUAUCCAAAUGGCGCCCCGUAGCGAAAAGAACAAAAGACUGGGGCGCUGUUGUUAACUCGUCUUUAAUCGCGUAAGCGGUGUCUACGCCAAUAAAGAAGAAGAGACAUAUGUAAUAUGUAUUCCAUAGUGCUAAAGUUAACAUAUGGGUAUAUGAGAAAAACAAUAACCAGAGGAAAAAAAUCACUGUAUUAGGAAUAGACUAAUGGCUGGACUAAUUUCAUUCAUGUUCGAUGCUAAAUCACAUUAUUUUUAACGACAUUUUCUACUGAAUUUAAUGAAAAUAUCACACAUAUUGUCCGACAUACGCGGUUUAAGUAAGACGGAAAAUCGGAAAUCACUCUAUGAUUGCAUUAAGUUUUGACAUUAAUUAGUUAUACUCGAAUACAUAUUUCCACGUAAUUUUGUGAAGAUAACUUACACACGAUCGACACAUUCCGAAUAACGAAAAUCGUAAUGUUUCAUAUAUGUGGGAGUUGGGGCAAUUUGUGAACGCGAUGAUGGUUUAGUAUUGACGCAAUGGCUGGGAUUUAGAAUAGCAUCCCCUGAUGUUGGGGAUAAAAUUAGUAUGUGCAAAUACGGGAGAUCCUCCAGAUCAUGAAAUAAUUGCCGCUGACUUAUGGUUUUUGAGAUAUUUGCAUUUAAAGUUUAAAAAUUCAACUAUUUAAAACGCGUGUUUCUCCGAUUUAUAAUUCAUUUUGCACUUACAUUUUUAACUUUUAUAUCCACUAACUCUUCACUUAUUCGUUUCUAACUAUUUGUUUUAUAUUAUACAUAUAGUGCCAAAAUAACUUUUAUCCAAUAUUUAACUAUAUCUAUCUCGGUUAGAUUUAGUUGUUACAAACAACUGUUAGGAAAAAAUAAUAUUGUACUCUGAAGCAAUAUGUUGUGAGAGUUUAAACACAUUUUCAUUCAUAAACGCAAGCGCAUCACCAACAAGCCAAAUAAUGCCACAAAUCUCAAAAGCAUCAAAACAUACAUAUACAUAUAUUAUAUGUUAAAACUUGUAUGUAUUUGGGACGAUUAUUUUGCGAUGCUGGUGUAUUGACAUUUAUAUACAUAUGUACAUCAGUGGUCGGCAUUUCUUAGCAAAAUUUUGCAAACCAACUUCACACGUAUGCUUACGCUCUAUCGUUCAGUCGUUGUCGAACCAGCCAUAGAUAACUUGAUACGAGACUCUUUGGUUCGAGAGAGAGCUGUAAAAAAUCGCAUUUUUUAUAACAUUUGCCAAUGAUGCCACUGCUGAAAAAUAUUAGAUUGGUUCAAUGAAAUUUCAUUUCACAUUAAUUUCGUCAAGUAAUUAUAACGCUGCUCGUCUGGCAUCCCGCCUUUUUGACUAACUGCUGAUUGUCGUCACCCUGAUUGUGUUUUGUUGCCAGCUCAGAAAACAGAUCAGAGUGCCCUGCCAGCUGACAAGCGAGAGAGCAAGAAAAGAGAUUCUGAUCAAGUUAUCUAUGGAGCCAGCAACUAAUGAACAUCAUGCAAGACUAUAGCACAAAACCAAAUAUGCCCUGUGAGAAAUAUUUUAUGAUUCUAAAUGCCUUUGGUGCCAUGCAAUGCCUUUUAUGUUCCAAGUCUUUAAAAAAUAAUAGGGAAUAUAUUCUUAAAACACAUUUCGUUAAUUUUCAUUCUGAUAUUAAUUAAUUAGAUGAAAAAGAACGAAAAUGUCUUUUUAAAGAAAAAAAAAUAUAUUUUUUUGCAAAAAAUAUCUCAUUGGUUACGUAAAUACGAAUACUUAGAUUAUGUUUUAUUAAAUAUUGUACGUAUCACCUAAAACUAAGCGAGAUAGAUAUAGGGUUAUAUAUAUAUAUUUAUUGUUACAAAAAGUAGUAUUAAGUUGUAUUUGUAUUGCUAUAUGCAUCCCUUAUUAUGAACAAUAGCUGUAGGUAUAUGGAAUAGCAUUUGUCUUGUUGUAGACAUCUGGCGCCGCGGCUGUCUGCUUGUCGAAACAAUAGACAUCUGGCGCCGCACUGUCUGCUUGUCUACUUCAACAAUUGCUGAGUCUGGCGCCGUAUAGCCGUAUGUUCUGGAAAUUUCCAGGCGCAAUAUUCUAGAAGGACACGUCGGCAUCAGCGAGAAGUGCGUGGCUAUAUAAGCCGUGGCAGCGCCAACGUAAUCAAUCAGUGCUAAGAGUAAACUGCUAUAGUGUAGACGAGUUGUGAAAUAAAGAGUUGUUGAAUUAAAUUAAACAGUGUUGAUUUUAUUUGUCAAUCCAGAGAUACGAACCUAACAAAGUAAACUAGCAAGAGUAAAUUCGUAACAAUUGGUGUCAGAAGUGGGAUUGUCAAAUAAUCCAAAUUCAAAAUGGUUAAAUUCGGAGAAUUGAGAAUUCAGCAAUUAAAAAAGGAACUGGAGGGGCGUAAUUUGCCGAUAAGCGGGCAAAAGGCGGAUCUGCAGGCACGAUUACGUGAAGCAAUGGAAGCGGAUGGAAUUAAUGUCGACGAAUUCGAAUUUGAUGGCCCAGAAACUUCUACAAAGGUAGAAGAAAAAGUAGAAGAACAACGAACAUCAUCAAGUGUGGACAUGAACAUGCUGUUAGUGGCUAUUAAGCAAAUGGCAGAGAAUGCAGUGCAAACCGAAAAUCGUCUGGCACAGCAAAUAGCUGAAAAUACAUCACAGUUAGAGUCUCGCCUUACACAACAACAUCGUUUGGUACAACAGAUCACGGAAAAUACUACACAACUACAAAAACAAGUGCAAGAGAAAUUUUCAAAAUUUGAAGACGAAUUAAGCACUUUAAAAAAUGACGAAGAAAAUUUAAAAGCAGAAGUUCUUCAAUUAAGUAAUCGUGUGCGAGAACUGCAACUGCAUGGCCCUGCACCAUCAACAAAUAAUCAAAGAUUGAAGGCACCCACAUUCGAUGGAAGUAUUCCAUUUCAAAUUUUCAAACUUCAGUUUGAAAAGACAGCAACGGCCAAUAACUGGAAUGCAGCGGACAAAGUAGCGUCCUUGUUUGUAUCAUUGAAAGGACCUGCGGCAGAAAUCCUUCAGACUAUUCCAGACUGUGAACGGGACAACUAUGAGGCAUUGAUGAGUGCGAUAGAAAGACGAUAUGGUAGUGAGCACCGGAAACAAAUAUACCAGAUCGAACUGCAAAAUAGGGGCCAGAAGAUGAACGAGUCAUUGCAAAAGUUCGCAACUGAAAUAGAACGACUGGCUCAUUUGGCAAAUGCAGAUGCACCUGUGGAUUACAUUGAGAGGGUAAAAAUUCAAUGUUUCAUAAAUGGAAUUCGUGAUGUGGACACUAAACGCGCCACAUAUGCAUUGCCAAAGGAACGUUUGCUGAAACGGUUUCGUACGCCCUCACACAGGAAAGAGCUUCGCUACUAAGUAAACCAGCACACAAA